AUGCUCAACAGUUACUGUGUAAAAGUAUGCUAUUCUUCUCUUUGUACAGAUUGUACUGCAAGGGCUUUUGAUUUUAUUAUUUUAUUGGAUGCAUCUGGAAGUGUUACAGCUCAAAACUUUGAGAUAAUGAAAAAUUUUGUUGCAAACAUGCUGUCUAACUUUACCAUUGGACCAAAUGACACUCGUGUUGGAGUUAUUCGUUUUGCUAGCAGUCCAUCAGUUGUUAUCCCAUUGGGUUCCAUUAAUACUUAUUCACAAUUGGCUACUGCUAUUAGAGGUAUAUCAUACACUCAAGGAGGCACAAACACUGCUGCAGCAUUGGAUUUACUAAGUACAGCAUUUGCUACUGCUCGUGUUAGUGAAGGUAUCCCUCGUGUAGCUGCUGUUUUUACUGAUGGAAUGUCUAAUAAUGCUGCAGCAACAGUACAAUCUGCUCAAGCUGUCCAUAAUGACAAGAUUAAUGUUUUCUCCUUUGGUAUUGGAAGUGGCGCCAGUAGGACAGAGCUAGUUGCAAUUGCUUCAAAUGGUCAACAAGGUGUUUUUACUAUUGAUGGUUUUUCAUCAAAUACUUUUCAGGCUGUAUUGACACAAUUACGAGUUUCAACUUGUGCAUCUUCAACAGAAUCUGAGACAGGAAAAGAGAUUGCUACUACCCUUAAAAAAGGCGCAUCUCGUUCAUUACAGUAUGUGUUUCCAUCAACUGGAAUGACAUUAAAAAUUGAUAUUACAGUGGGAAAUUUGGUGGUCCGUGGUUCAUUUACUAUACAGAACCCAGAUGCGCUAACACAAGAUUUCUCUGUCACAAGCAAUGGAAAUGGCAUUGAUUAUUUCAUUAGUCCACAAUUAUAUGUACAGUCAACUACUGAUGAUGAUGAUGAUGAUGGAAGUCGUAGAAAGAGGCAGACAUCAAUGCCUAAUGUGUACUUGUCUGUUGCUGGAUUGAAUGAUAUCAAUUCAUUUUCAUUGAAUACUACUUUUGGUGAUACUACUUCACCAAUGCCUGGUAAGUGA